AUGGCAAGGGAGCGCCGCGAGCAACGGGACACAAAUAGCAGCUGCAAUUCCAACCAGCAAUUACGACCAGCCACCAGCGGGAGCCUCGGCAUGGACGUGGCAGCCGCAGUAGAUGUCACCAUUAUGCCCAUGCACCCUCACAAGAUCCCCACUGGACUUACAGGACCUAUUCUAAUUAAUGGACAACCAUUGCAACAUUUAGUGAAGAGAGUAGCAGCUGUAACCAACACGCAUAUAAUUCAAAAAAGGAACAUCACCUACACAGGAUGUGCUGCUCAAGUUUUCCUCUUUAUUUUUCUUAUGUCAAUAGAGUAUUUCCUGCUGACCAGCCUGUGCUAUGACCGCUACGUGUCCAUCUGCAAACCCCUGCACUACGGGACCCUCCUGGACAGCAGAGCUUGUGCCCACAUGGCAGCAGCUGCCUGGCCCAGUGCCUUUCUCAAUGCUCUCAUGCAAACGACCAAUACAUUUUCCCUGCCCCUGUGCCAGGGCUGUGCCCUGGGCCAGUUCUUCUGUGAAAUCCCCCCAUCCUCGAGCUCUCCUGCUCUAAAUCCUAUCUCAGGGAACUUGGUCUCAUUGCAGAUAGUGCCUCUUUGGUAUUUGGUAGUUUUGUGUUCAGGAGGGCACAAAGCCAUUUCCACCUGUCUCCCUCACCUGGCCGUGGUCUCUCUGUUCCUCAGCACUGCAGUGUUUGCCUACCUGAAUCCGCUCUCCAUCUUCUCCCUAUCCCUGGAUCUGGCCCUGUCAGUUCUGUACUUGGUGCUGCCUCCAGCCCUGAACCCCCUCAUCUACAGCCUGAGGGACCAGGAGGCUGUCACAGAUAGUGAGGAAGACAUGGAAGUGGAUGUAGAGGAGGAAACAGUGGAAGACAUGGACCUAGAUAGAGAGCUUGAUACAGAAGAGGAAAUGGAGGUGGAUGAAGAUGAGACGAGAUGA